UCCCCAUCGCUUUCGCAGACACCAUUGUUAGUGACAACAGUGCAAACGCAUCCGAGGAAAACGGUCGAAUUUGAGACGCUGACCAUUGAAAAUUCACCAGAGGACAGAGAUCCAGAUUUGACGCUGCGAGAGAAGCGCGGCCGUCUUAAUCAGCCCCGGAUGAGUCUACUUGGAAGGCCGCUCAACUAUAGAGCUUCGCGACGGGAUGCUCGCUACCGUCGUCUACAAAGCCGGAUUUACAACUUCCUAGAACGACCUAGGGGUUUUGCAAUAUUCUACCAUAUGAUAGUAUUUCUCAUAGUAUUAACAUGUCUAGCACUGAGUGUGUUUUCUACAAUACCAGAAUAUGAAGACACCGCUGGAAGUAUAUUAACCUUCACGGAAUCAUUUGUAUUAGUAUGGUUUGCAGUCGAAUUUGGUUUCCGAUUAUGGUCAUCAGGAUGUCGAUCCCGUUAUCAAGGUUAUCUUGGCCGCCUUAAGUUCUUACGAAGGCCUUUCUGCAUAAUAGAUAUCAUCACUAUCGUGGCCUCUAUCAUAACAAUGAUAUAUAUGGCAUUUUAUGGUGCUCAAACAUUACCAGGAGCAGCACUCAGAGGUCUAAGGUUUUUCCAAAUUCUUCGAAUGGUUCGCAUGGAUCGACGUGGUGGAACUUGGAAAUUAUUAGGAUCCGUAGUUUAUGCACACAGACAAGAAUUGAUAACGACCCUCUACAUUGGUUUCUUGGGUCUGAUAUUCGCAUCAUUCCUUGUAUUUCUGGCCGAAAAAGAUGUGAACAAGAAAUUCUCCAACUUCGCCCAGGCACUUUGGUGGGGAGUUAUAACAUUAUGCACCGUCGGAUAUGGAGAUAUGGUCCCCGAAACCUGGCAGGGGAAAAUAAUAGCUUCAUUCUGCGCCCUACUGGGAAUAUCGUUCUUCGCCUUACCAGCGGGCAUACUUGGGUCGGGUUUCGCUUUAAAAGUGCAACAGCAACAAAGACAGAAGCACAUGAUACGAAGGAGACAACCGGCCGCCAUGUUAAUACAGUCACUUUGGAGAUGUUAUGCUGCCGAUGAAUUGUCACUGUCAAUAGCUACGUGGAAAAUUCAUCAAGUACCACAGCCCAGUCCUCCAUCAGCUAAAUUGACAGAAGUCGAUAAGGUCGCUGAGAAGAUACAAAGUAUUUCUUCUGUUGUGAGAGUAUCCAGCAGCUUUAAACACAACGCCUCGUUCGUAAGCCGCCUGCCAACGAUUCGACGGCACAAAAGUACAUCGCUGCAUUCGCCGUCGACGCACAAAAAUACUUCGCAACGUAGCGGAGGCAGAAGUUUGGUCGACAUCAAUGCUUCGGAGGAGAAUUUGGGAGCAGGAUCAUCGGGCAUGAGUAACGGCAAUAGAAAUUUAAAUGCCAGCCAAAGUGAGGAUUCCGUUGCAGACACUGUGGUUACCAAGCGAAAUUCGGAUGUUGUCAUAUCCAUUGUUCCAGACGAGGAGGAGGAACCAAGAUACAUCCAACUGACCAAGCAACACAAAGCAGCAAUCAGGGCAAUUAGAAAGAUGAAGUAUUUUGUAGCAAGGCGAAAAUUUAAGGAAGCUUUGAAACCUUAUGAUGUCAAAGAUGUGAUUGAACAAUAUUCUGCGGGACAUGUCGAUUUACUGGGCAGAGUCAAAAAUGUCCAAAAUAGACUGGAUCAAAUUCUUGGUAAACAAGGGUCGAAAGCUAAGGACGUCUAUGCGUCUAAAAUCAGUUUAGCAUCAAGAGUUGUCAAAGUUGAGAGACAGGUGGAUGAUAUUGAGACGAAGAUUGAUCAGUUGAUUGAGCUGUACUUGGACGACCGCAAACGUAGCAUGCCUUACUAUUUUGCCCAACAAUCAAAUCCAGACAGAAGCAAUGUUUGCGUUGCCUCGACCAGUGCCAGCGCAAUCACACCAUCGACCAGUGCACUAAAACCGAAACCGAUUUUAAUUGACAAACAAUCAUCUGAACCUAGUUCACCGUUAACCAAGAAUUUUAGAGAACCACCACAGAUUUCGGUUACCAGAAGGCCCAUGCAUCGCGGAUUUUCGGAUUUGGGAAAUAGGAUUAAGAAAAGAGUGACCUUAAGUUCAAACUCAUCACACAAUUAUGUAUCUCCACCGGACAGUGCCCCUUACGAUGGUGAGGUGGUUAUUGUAGUACCUCCGCCUCCUUCAACGACGAUUUCAGCCACUCCAUCCACCAGUACCGCUAUUGCUCUGUCAGAUUUGUCAGAUGACCGUCACACAGCCAGCGGAAGAAAUAUCGGAGAUGCUGCAGAUAGUCUAGCCGGUUGUCAAGAGGAAGAAGAAGAUGAGGAAGAGGAGGAGGAGGAUGAUGAUUAUGAUAACAGAGACGAGGUGCUUGUUGAAGAGCAAGAACCUGACAUGCAAAGUGAGCAUAGGGGAGACGAAGUGGUCCAAAUGGAGCAGACAGAUGAAGACGAUGAAGAUGACGAGGAAAUCAAUGAAACAUCACGAUUAUGUCCUCCAAAAUCUGAAAUAAUAAUUUCACCUAUGACAUUGAGUUAUCCCAGCAGUCGAGAAGUUUAUAGUGAAACCAUUAACAUGACACACUUAAAACCAAAUCACAGAAAUGUUAAAGAAGAUGUAUGAUACUCCAUAAUUAUCGUUAUAAUUCAGUACGCACUAAUUUAAGUGAAAAUGUAUAUACUUAUCAAUCAUUCUCAGUCUUACGUCUAGACAUUGUUCUGUUAAUUUUGCAUCGCCGCCUCACGCGCUUAUUUAUUGCACCAGAUGUUUUUACAAAUCUACCUCUAUAUUAUCAUACAGGUUAUCUCAAAAACUACACGAAUUAACCAUAGUCAAUCAGAAUAUUCUAAAUGUAAUUGAGCUGCAAUAAAUGGGAGUGUUGGAAUUAAUUUUAUUUAUUUGUAAUGUUUUACAUCGUUUAUGUUUAUUUGUAUCAACUACUAGUUUGUUCCUUUUUGUUGAUUUAUGUAUUACUUUUAUGUAAAUCUUAUCAUCGACUUCAAAUUCAAAUAAAAAUUACCAUUAUACAGGGAUAUUCCAAAUACUAAAUGUAUAAAAGACUAAAGCAUUUUAAGUGUAUUACAGUAUCCUUAGGAAUUACCUACUCUUAACAUAGAGUGCGACAUAAUUUAUCCCAAAAAUUUUAAUAAUGGAUAUUGGAAAAGAGAAAUUGGGCCUGGGUGUCUGGUUGAGUGUCAACGCUGCAUUAAAAAAAUGAGAUUUUUGACAAUUUGACCGACCUAAGAAGAUAACAGUGAUAUGUACAGGGUGUUUGGAUGAUUUAAACUGUUUUGUGUUCUUUCACACCACGACCAGACACCCAUUUUUCAGCUGCGACCUGACAGAUUUAGAUUUUCUUCUGAAUUUAACCGGAAAGAUUGUUGUAAGAAUGAAAAAUUUUCGGGUAAGUGGUGAUGCACCCUAUCUAUUGCUCAGUAUUGAGCAUAUACCUAAUAUAGAGUGUAAUUAAAAAUAAAUGUUAAGACCAAUCAUCUUCCUAUAUCCGCGGACAAUUAAUAUAUUUCAUGUGUAUCAAACUGUAUGUAUUUAUGUUUGUGGACAAAUUCUCGUACUAUAUAUAAACAUAUUUGUAGUUAAAUGUAUUUGCUGUUAAAAUUAAAUAUGAAUAUAACCUUCUAUUUAUAAAAAUGGUCUACUACAUCGUCAUCGAUUUGAUUUACAGUCCAUAACAUAAAUAUACAGGUGUCCCCGAAAGAUUUGCACAGAAUUCUACCACAAAUUCUUAAGAAGACUGAUUUGUAUUAUUUAAUCUUAGUACAAAAGUUACAAUUACAGAGAUAGAGGGCGUCAAAGUUAAUAAUAUAUUUCCAAUUUUAUUUUCUUAUAUACCACACAUUAAAUUUGUUAACAUAUUUGAAUAUUUCACCCUGAAAAACUCUGUAUACCAAGUUUUAUAACGUUCACACAUUUCUAUCAAUAAGAAAUGAUGAAAUUGUAACUCAGUAAUUGUUAACUGUUGUACUUAGAUAAGAUAAGGCAAAUCGGUGUAUUGGUGCAGAACUUUCAGGGACACCCUGUAUGAUUCAUUCCAUUAAUAACAUAAAUAAUACAAUAAACAAAAUAUUUUAUUUAUCCUAACAAAUACAACGACCACAAAUUAUCUCUGAAACAACGAACAUGUUUUUUCGUCGAGAUUUUCAAACAUAAUACGUUAAUAGACAUAUAAUGUUAAUCAUGUCGCACAGAAAGGUUCAUGGGGUACCCUGUAUAUUUAUUAUAUUAUUGUAAAUAUUUAUAUGAGUAUAUUUAAAAUUGUCCGGGUUUUAGAGUGUUUAUUGAAUCCCCUUGUAAAUAUAUAUACAUCAACCGUAUGCAGCUACCAUUUUUGUACCAAUUAAUUAAUGGUUGUACGAACCAAAAAACGAUUGCGUAAAGUAUAGGAACCAUUUUGAAAUUUUAGAAAAAUGUAAAACCAAAGAUAGAUAUUUUUAACUUGUACUGAAUAUUAGGGCACAAUAAUGACGCUUAUAUUAAUAAAAUAACAUUUAUAAAAAGUAGGCUUAAAUUUUCAUAUAGUUAUUUAAUUAGAAUGCUAUUCAGAAAUUCUUAUUCGAAUAUUUUCAAAAUACAUCGAUCAAUAAAUAUGCUUACAUUUAAAAAUAGGCUGCUUUUGUAGUCAAAGGUACUUAUACAUAUAAUAUAUGAUUCAUGACAAAUUUUAUAUAAAAAGUAGGUGACACAUUUCUACUCUCCAAUCUACCUCAUCUAUCCUCCUAUUCUUACAAGGGAUGAAAUUUAGUCAUAGGAUUCUUACAUGGCUAUUUUUAGAGAAAAUGAAUUUCUAAAUAUAUAUACAUAACUUUUAAAAAUAUACUUUACUAACAACAAACAACAGUUUUACCUUGCCCGUCAUGCGUAUUGUUUUCUCAUUAGUUGUCCAAAAUGCUGAAUGAAUAAUCAAAUUAAAUAAAUCAAUAAAAAAUCCCAAUUAUCAACUACCAAUAUUGAUUCAACACAGUUGUUUCAAUUACUUGCCUUUUUACGUGCUGUAGCCACAAGGAACUUGACGAGCUUGGUAAUAUUUAAUCAAAAAAAAAAACAAAAAGUGCACUUUAGAAAAAAUAAAACAUGUCACAAUAACCCAUUGAUCUAGUAGUGUCCUCUGAAGAUUAACAAAUUUUUUCAAAGCCUAUUUACAGUGUUCACAACUUCUAUCUUGUAUCACUUGUCAUGAAUCCACACUUAAUUAUAAGUUUAUUGUAUAAUUAAGAAAUGCUGUGAUCAAUUGUUUUACGAAAGAUUUAUUAUGUUAUGCAUUUGUUAUUGUUUCCAUUUAUUGUAAAAAACCUAAUAAUAAGUGAUAUUUUAAAAUCUUUUAACAUUGUUAACACCUAAGUGCUAAAAAACAAACAAGUGUGCACACAAUUUUGUUGUCAAAUAAUUUAUGUUGUAGUGUUUUUAGUUUGACAUUUAUUAUUCUUCACAUGUCUAUCAUAUAAAUUGCUGACGGGAUAUUAAUUAAUAUUUUCAAAAAUUCAUUUGCAGCUAACAAAAUUUCCAAACAUUUACAAUAUAACGUAAAUAUUUUUUAAUCAUCAUUAAUAGUGUUUACUUUUUUAAUCAACUGACGCAAAUUAACUAAAAAUAUUUAGAGCCCACUGAAAUUCAUAAGUAGGAACCGAACAAAAUUAAUUUGAAAUAAGUUCGUCUAAACAAACAAUAUUGGAAUUUAUUUGGACCAUUAUUUUCAAUAAUUAUAUGUGAAGAAUAUAAAUGAUAUUUUGUUACUUUUAUAGAUCUCAAACAAUUACUUGAUUUUUAAUAAUACCUACAAUUAUUUAACCAAAUUAUAGUAAAAAAUAAAUUUUAAUAAUGUUAAAUAAAUUUAAAGUAAAUAAUUUAAUAUCUACAUAUACAUGUAUAGAAAAUCAUAUAUUUUUAGUCUCAUUAACUAUCAAAUAUGUUAAUUGAAAAGCAUGUAUUUUUUGUGAUGGUUACUAGAAUUCAAAAAUUUUAAGAUAUCAGUUAGAUAUACCAAGAAUAUUUAUUAAUUUGACAAAAAUUAUUUGCUUUAAAUCCUAUUGUUAGCAUCCACACCCAAUAAAACAAAAAAAAACAUUAAACUAAAGAUCUCACAUUUGAUUUUAAUGUGUAAAAUUAAAUAAUAUAAAUAUAAAAGGGGCAUGGUGACAAGCUGAAAAGUUACAUUUUUCAAAAGUUCAAAAUUAAUAUUAAUAAUCGUCUUACUCAGCCCCAACCCUACAUAAAGAUGUGAUCAAAUAUAUAAUUUGUUUUUGUUAAUAUACUAGAAAAAUUAACUAAGACUAACUCUCUGAAUAUUAAUGUGUGUAUAAUAUGUAAAUUUUAGUAACACUGAGCACUAGUGUUAUUAAAGUUUUAAAAUAAUUGUUAUAUGUAAUAUGUUAUUUCUUCAUAAAAUGCACAAAGUUCAUGGUAUCAUAGCUGUUUUUAUCACUUUUUCAUUUUAACGUUAUUGUUUCUACUGCAUUUCCAUACUGUAGUAAAUGUUUUUUACUGUUAUCACAACAAAUAAAAUAUUAAUG